AUGCUCGUGCGAUCCGGGGCAGCGAGACAGGCCCUCCGAGCGCGCCAGCUCCUCCCCUCAAGCGGGUCUCUUCCAUCUUUGCCAUGCACUCUCUCCAAGCUGGAGCGCCCGCUGGGCGAGACCAGGCCGCUCGUCACAUUGGCCCCAGAGGCUCGGCCAGGGAAGAGGAAAAGUUUUCGUGCUCUUUCCGGUUUUGAACGGAACCUUGCUACGGCGCUCGAGGAGCGACGUUUCGAUGACAUCCCGUUCGAGGGCCUGCCUGGCGGCAUGACUUUCAGGCAGCCCCCCAUUUACGAGCUGAGACCAUGGAACACUACGCCCUUGGUGCCCGCCGACCGCCCGGCCUAUCCGCCCAGACAGCGCAUCAACCCAUCUGGUAUCCCCGGCGAUCUCGACGAAAUGCUCGCCAUCUUCGAGGCUUGUGUGCACGUCGGACGGCUGGACCGUGCGUCUCUGGUGCUCAAGCGCCUUGGAAACAUGCAGGCCCUGCCGCCGCACAAGUUCAUGGAGCUUCACAACCGCUACCUUGAGGGCCGUCUUGCCCAGAUCGAAGCCGACGCGAAGAACAACGGCCACCUGGCUGAGAAGGUCCAUAGUUGGUUCGAAACCGAAAUCUGCGACCAACGUUUGCCAUAUACCCCACUUACCGUCGCAUAUAUGCUCAAGAUAUCCCUCCUCACCAGCUCUGGUGCGAAAUUGAAGACUUAUCUUGAACGUUACAUGAGUGUGCUGCCGCAAGAUAGCGCCACAGAAGCCCUCGACUUGGGAGAUGUUCUCACCGAUGAUGAUCUUGCCGCCAUUGCCGAGAACUGCCCAAGUCUCUCGCUCUCUCAGGAGGUUCUGGCUCCUGCAGAAACCGAGGAUGCCGCCACUACCACCAUCGCCGAGAAGUUUGCCGCUGAUCGGGAGUCACAGAGCGCACCCAAGUCCCUGCCCGAAGUCCUUGCCACACCACAGAAGGGCACCGGCCUGGAAGCGCUGAAGUCCACAUUAGCUCUCUUCUACGAGCUUCCUCCAGGCGCUGAUGUUGCUGCGCUCCCCCUCGAACAGCGUCGCGAAUUCCAGUCUAGGCUCGAACGCGACGUCUUGGAAGCCGCUUUGCAAAAAUGGAGGGAGGACAAUGAGUCGCUCGCAUCCAUGGGCCUUAACCCGCAGAUCUCAGCCCCAUCAUUAAGCUCAAAGCUGUACCAGUGGCACCAGGCACUUGAGCGCCGCAUUGCCGAGGAACAAGCCAAAGUUGAGGCGUCAGAGAAUGUUCCCAAGAAGUCGGCUGAAGACUUAGAUCGCUGUCUUUACGGCCCUCUGCUUCUUCAGGGGUCCGCCACCCGCCUUGCUGCAGCGACAAUCAUUUCCAUCCUUUCGCUUCUCUCCCUCCACGGUGCCGAUAAAGGAGUUGCUGCCUCUCUUGCUGUUCAGCAGGUAGCCAAAGUAGCCGAAGAGGAUAUCAGAUUCCAGAUUGCCGAGAAAACUAAGAAGCUGCCCAAACACCAGACCGAGCUGCAGAAGCGGAAGGCCCGCAGGCUGAUUCGGGUCAAAGGUAAUGGCAGCCUUAAAACAACGGAUAAGAAACAGCUAGGCGUCGCGACGCUGCCGCUAGCGACCACUGGAGAGAUGGCGCCUGCAAUCACCGAGAAUACCCGAUGGCCAACUGCCAUCAGGGCCAAGGUCGGCGCACUGUUGCUCACUGCGAUGAUGGAGACCGCCAAGAUUAUGGUGGUAAGAGAUCACCCGGUCACCAAGGAGAAGGUGCACCAGCUGCAGCCAGCCUUCUCCCACGCCAUGCAGCUCAGGAAGGGCAAGAAAGUCGGCAUUAUCCAGGCAAAUCCGGAGCUAGUUGAGAUUUUGAAGAGAGAGCCCCGCGCCGAGCUGCUUGCUCGCCAUCUGCCUAUGCUGGUUGAACCGGAACCGUGGACAAAGUUCGACAAGGGUGGCUUCCUGGAGUGCCAGAGCCCCUUGAUUCGUCUCAAGAACCACGAGAUAGAGCAGAAAAUCUAUGCUGAAGCGGCCAUUGAGCGCGGUGAUAUGGAGCAGAUGAUGCGCGGUCUCGAUGUCCUAGGCAAGACGGCCUGGCGAAUCAACCGCAAGGUUUUCGACGUCAUGUUGACUGUCUGGAACGAGGGCAUCGCGUUUGCCAACAUUCCUGCCCUUCACCCCAACAUCCCCAUCCCUCCUGAGCCGGAUUCGAGUGACGACCCGAUGAAGAAGCGUAUCUGGAUGAGGCAGGUUAAGGCAAUUCAGAACGAGAAGUCCGGCAUGCAUUCGGUUCGCUGCUUCAUGAACUUCCAACUGGAGAUCGCUCGAGCUUUCAUUGACCAAACCUUCUACUUUCCUCACAACUUGGACUUCCGUGGACGCGCGUACCCGCUGCCUCCUUACUUGAACCACAUGGGUGCUGACCACAUGCGUGGUAUGCUCCUUUUUGCCAAAGGAAAGCCCCUCGGCGAGAACGGGUUACGUUGGCUCAAGAUUCACCUGGCCAAUGUCUACGGUUACGAUAAGGCCAGUCUCGACGACCGCGAAAAGUUUGCCGACGAUAACUUGGCGAACAUUAUGGACUCGGCAAGCAACCCUCUCGGCGGGAAGCGUUGGUGGCUCCAGGGUGAGGAUCCAUGGCAAUGCCUGGCCACUUGCUUCGAGCUGGCUGCGGCGCUUCAAUCGCCUGAUCCAACUCAGUUCGUUUCUCACCUGCCCGUUCAUCAAGACGGCACCUGCAACGGUCUUCAGCACUAUGCCGCUCUCGGUGGUGACACUUGGGGUGCGCAACAGGUCAAUCUGAUCCCCGGCGAGAAGCCGGCCGACGUCUACUCCGCAGUCGCCCAGCUUGUGCAAGAAAUGGUCACCAAGGAUGCUGCAGCCGGCAACGAAUUUGCCAAGGCCUUAGACGGCAAGAUCACUCGCAAGGUGGUGAAGCAGACUGUCAUGACCAACGUCUAUGGUGUUACCUUCGUCGGCGCCAAGAGACAAGUCCAGAAGCAGCUGGAUGCACUCUACCCCAAUCUGGAGUCUCAGACGGGCUGCUCCACGUCCAUUCUCUCGUCAUACAUGGCGACCAAGAUUUUCGCCGCUUUAGGUACGAUGUUUUCAGGAGCUUACGCUAUCCAGAGCUGGUUGGGCGAGAUCGGUGAUCGUGUCUGCCGUGCCAUUACUCCCGAGCAGCUUAAUCGCAUUGAGGCCGAAGCGACUGGCGAGUCGAAGAAGAAGUUCACUGAUGCCGAACUGAACAACACGUUCCGCAAUACAAUCGUCUGGACAACGCCACUGCGCAUGCCUGUGGUCCAGCCAUACAGGAAGAGUGGUACUCGCGUGGUCCCAACCUGUCUCCAAGAUUUGGCCCUGCAGGUGUCCGACCGCGACGAUCCCGUCAAUCGCCGGAAGCAGCUCCAGGCGUUCCCGCCAAAUUUCAUCCACUCUCUCGACGCCAGCCACAUGAUGCUGUCCGCGCUCGAGUGCCACGAGCUUGGCCUCACCUUUGCUGCGGUGCACGACUCCUUCUGGACUCAUGCUGCCGAUGUUGACAAGAUGAGCAAGGUCAUCCGUGAGUCUUUCAUCCGGAUCCACAGUGAGGAUGUCAUCGGUCGGUUGAAGUGCGAGUUCGAAGCCCGCUACAAAGGCGCUCUUUACCGCGCAAAGAUUCUGUCCUCAUCUCCUGUCGGCGCGAUGAUCAUCAAGCACCGUCGGAUCCACAAGAUGACUUCCCUGGAGGAACUGUUGCAAGAAAAACGUCGCCAAGAGCUGCUCGCCUCUUCUGAUCCUGAUGAGGUCAAGAAGGGCCAGGAGAUGGUGACGCCGGCCAGUCUCUUCGAGAAGUACGCCACGCCCGAUGCACUGGUUAGCCAAUACGAUCCCGAAGAGCUUCAGCAGGCCGAAGCAGACGAAGAGGCCAGCUCCAAUGCCGGCGAAGAUGGCAUGUCUGAAGAAGAGGACUCUCUCACCAUGGACACGGCAUCGGAGGAAGCUGAUGCCGGAAUGAAUGUUCGGGACUUCAGCCGCGUUGAUGACAUCAAAAAUGUCAAUUAUUUUGAACAAGAGCUGGACAAAAACAAGAAGAUUAAACGCGGAAACUCCAAGAAGUCAGGAGCCCUCAACACUAUUCCAGUCUGGCUACCGCUUACCUUCCCCGAUAUCCCGAAGAAGGGCGACUUUGAUGUCCGCCAGCUGAAGGAGAGCAAGUACUUCUUCUCUUAA